AUGAGUGCCAUUGAACAUGGAACUGCAUUCACCAACAAGUCCUUCGUUGGCGGAGUGAAGGCAUCCGAACAUAGUAAGCUGCCAAAGCAUCCAUCAUCCUCAACAUCACGAAAACCCGCAUCUGAUGGGGAUGACCACCUAGAUUCUGGUGCUUCAGCAUUUUUAGAGAAAUUGCUUGCUGGAAAUUCCAGCAUUUUUAAUGCGGUUAACACACUUACAUCUGAUUUUCGGCUGAUUCGCCGUGAUGUGAAAUCGGCAGUCAAUGAGCUAGCUUUUUUAUGCACCGAGUUCACUAAAUUCAAAGAGAGGAGUCGUCCUACUGAGACCUUGCCCGUUAAAACCUCAAACAAAGUUGACAGAGAAGAACAACAAAAAGAUAACCAAGGAACUAACGAUGGUGAUCAGGAAAAAGAUAACCAGGGGAAUGAAGAGGAAGAAGAUAACGCAGCGGACCAGGAAGGGGAGAAACAAGUGUAUGAACAGAAAACCGGUCAUGGUGUUGACGAUGAAAGUACAAAUCUCCCAGUUUCGUCCAUUCCUGUAACAGAUCCAAAUAUACAUGAGACAGAGGACAUUGCAGACGUCCAAGAUCCAAUUCCCGAGCCCGCAAAUACAAAGGAGACAGAGGACAUUGCAGACAUCCAAGAUCCAAUUCCCGAGCCCGCAAAUACAAAGGUGACAGAGGACAUUGCAGAUGUCCAAGAUCCAAUUCCCGAGCCCGCAAAUACAAAGGUUACCGUUGACCAUGAUGACUCAAGUGUUCCUAUUUUUGUUUCGGAUAAAGAACAGGUACUAUUGAAGCCAAUAGUAGACGAUCCUCCAGCUUUUUCACUAGGUCUAACGCAGGAAGAGAAAAACCGUGAGGAAUCUCGGCUAAGAGAACAAGAGGACAAGAGAAAAACGGAUGUUGGAGAUUCUUCCAAAUGUCCUCCUCCAACACGUAAAAGCACGCGCGCCAGAGCUGCAGCUACAUCUGCAGACUUUGUUUACCCUCAAAAACGGCAGAAAAAGAUCGACAAAUCUGUAGAGUUGUCUUCUUUCUUUCGUAGACCGACCUCCGAACAAGUAUCCUUCCUUGAAGCCAAAAUUAAAGAAACCAGCCUUUUCCCUCCCUGGUAUGGCAUUAGCCUUUCUUCGAACAUCUUUAAUCAGAUAAUGUCUUGUAACAAGCCAUGCAUGAAUGCCAUAGUUGCCUCUAUUCGUGAUGAGCUGUGGGCAACCAGAGAAGCUCAUCCCAUGAAUUACGAUUUCGUUGAGUUCAGAUUAAUCGUCGAAAUUGUCAGGCUUCAUGAUCAAUUUCUAUCAAACUCGAAGAAGGCCAAGAUUACCCUGCCCAAAGGUACCAUAUCAUACGUCAAAAACAGAUUUCCUUGGUACACUGUAGUCGGUCGUCUCUACUGUCUCUUCCAGAUUGAUGGUAGGCUUUGGAUUGGUCUUUGCAUCGAUUUGGAGGCACACAAUAUAGCUGUUUUUAAUUGCAACCCAACAAUUAAGGAGAUGAAGCUUAAGACCCUCAUAGUACCACUUGCCGAAUCUCUUCCACACUUCAUCAGGAAAGUAGCGUACAACUCAAAGAUGAAGAACGACACCCUAGACGCAUUCAACAUUUCAAUUGCUAAGCCUGUUUUCCAAACAGCAAAUCCAGGUCACAGCGCCGUACUUACACUCAUGCUACUUCAGCUCCACUCAGAGAACAUGCCGGUCGACACUGUCAUUGAAGACGAUUUGGUCCGUGAUGCAGCUCUUACCUACGCUUUCGACCUACUAUGUAAAGUCGAGCAACCAAUUUCAUCGGCCCCGCCGACUAAUCCCUGA